UUACGAGAAACAUGUCCUGUGGAGCAUGUACCUUGGCUGUCUACACGAUUUCUCCCUUACCAGGCCUUUAACGUCCACGGGACAGUUGAUCCGGGAAGAAACGGGGACAUGUUACAAGAACUUCCCCGAACGAUAGCAUUAAGAAUCCGGGAAUACACGAGUUGAGUUGGUUUUACCGGUGACCUUUGUUGACGGGCUAUUGUAUAAUGUUUACAUAAGGAGAUUAGCUUGUAUAUAAGGAAAGGCACGUUUAACAUCAGCUAUACACGGCCAAACAUGAUGAACUCACCACCAAAGACAGUGCUUGUUACUGGUUCCAACAGAGGACUUGGUCUCGAGUUCGUCAGACAAUUUGCAAGUUCACCAUCCUCUCCAACUUGUAUCAUAGCAACCUGCCGGAAACCUGACAAUGCUGUGGCACUAAAGAAAAUAGCCAGUAAAUUUGAAUCUGUGCAUAUCUUGAAACUUGAUGUGACAGAUAGAGAAAACAUUCGAAAAGUCACAGAAAAAGUGGGACACAUUAUACAGGGCCGGGGCCUAAACCUGCUCCUCAAUAAUGCUGGGGUAGGGCCUGGGGGCGAUCUCCAUGACGUAACCGAGGAUAUAAUGAUGCAUACUUUCAAGACAAACGUGGUAGCACCCCUGCUCGUUACACAGGCAUUUCUCCCGUUCUUAAAAACAGCUGCAAAGACAACAGAUGGCAUAGGAUUAUCGUGGAGGAAGUCGGCUGUUGUGAAUAUUUCAAGUCGACUAGCUUCCAUAGAAACCAAUGAAGACUAUUUACUUGGCCGAUAUCCUUAUAAAACAUCCAAGGCUGCUCUCAACAUGGUUUCUAAAAACCUUAGCGUUGAUCUUCGUGAGGACGGGAUUCUUGCUGUAAGUCUGUCACCAGGGUCCGUCCGUACUGACAUGGGUGUGCCGACAGCACCCUUGCUUCCCCAUCAGAGUGUGGAGAUGAUGCUCCAGGUUAUGUCUGGUCUGAACGAGGAUGACAGUGGAUCAUUUCUUAACUUCACAGGAGAACUUAUCCCUUGGUAACCUAUGUGCAAAUAAUGUGUUAUAAGUGACACUUCAUUUGUACUUUCCUUAAGGCGAAUCAACUGUUUAUAUGUUUUAUAUGUUGAAUAAGAAACUAAUCCUACAAGAGAACGAAUUCACUUCGGAAGACGCAAGCUGAAUAGGUAUUACAAUGGCCUCCGAUACACACGCAUAUGAAGGUAUCAUAAAUAGAGGAUAUCUAAAAGUGUCUUCAGUAAUACCAGAUAUAUUUCACGAGUGGGGCUAAAAUAUUAGCCACACGAGUGAAAUAUAUUUGGUAU